AAGCCUCUAGGUCUACAAUAAAUUUUAUGUAAUGGUUUAAGAUACUUGGAGAAGAAGGAAAGCAAGACAAGAAAACUCAACACACAAUCGUACAGAAAUCGUACGAUUACCCGAUGGGACCUCCUAAAAUCGCACUACAACAAUCGCAAUCGCACAUUUAUAUACUACCCCAUGUCAUUUUGGAUUUGGCUAAAAGAAUACACUGGCUUCCUUCAAUAAUCCAGGAGAAAUCAUGACCGGAAAAAAACAAGUUGAACGGAAGGUUAUCGGAAAGAAACACCAGAGGCUGAGUCCAAGGAAGCUUGAUCUGAAGAAGGAGAUGGAAGGAGUAAAAUUGUUGGGAGGGUUGGUAGCUGGGGUGACGACCGUGCAAACAGAGCUGACAGAGGUCAUGGACGGUCUUCUUAAACCUGAAGGGAACACCAACGCAAAUCUUGAAGGCCUGCAAAUCACAGCUCACCAAAUUCGACAAGUCAACAUUCUGGGGGCAGAGUUGAAUGCUAUGGUCCAAGAUUACCUUUACGGUUUGCUUCAUGUUUUGGACCAGGCUGGGGAAGACAAAGGCCAUUGAUCUGCUUCUGUUGUGUUUCCUUUCCUCAAUAAUAUAUCAAAUCUUUUAUUUUUAAUUAACGACGACGGAACUAUUGCAAGUCAACCCACAAUCCACUCCAACAACCACAAACACAGUUGACGCGAAUCCAGCCACACAGAAAACCAAACCCUAUUCUUCUAUCAGCCUAAGUCUUUUAUCUUUUCUGUAUAAUUAAUUUCUUAAUCCUAAUCCUCAUCUGUUAUUGGAUUGUAUAGGGACCUAAGGACGGAUGGAACACUAGAUCAGCUUGUUGUUUAAGUGGUGGAGGAUUGAUAGUACCUACUGUUUUUCUAGUGCAGUGUUGUUAUAGUUUAUGUCAGUGUGGAAUAGAAAGACUUGUACUCUUCUUGUUUACUUAAAUUUAAGCUAAAUAAAUGUGAAUUAUGAAUGUAAUUUCUACUUCGGAUAAUUAAUUUGGAGACAAGAAAUCGAGAGGCAAAGAGCGAUAAGCUGGUUAUUGAUGAAAUCAAAUCUGGUUUGCCCUAAACAUUACUAGUAAAGAGGCGGCCUCUUGAAAAUCCAGUAAAUGACUUUGUUUUUUGAGAUCGUUAAAUUACUACAAGUAGCCAAUUUCACACCUUCAGUUGAUGAUGACAUGACCCUCCGAAUUGGGAUUCUUCAAUGUUAAAAAUUUCAGAAACAUAAAAAAUUCAUCACAAAAGCAAAGAGCAAAAGCCAACAUAUUUAAUUCCAUCCCCUAAAAUUGCACUAAGGCAAGUCUCCUCCAUUGAAGUUGGCAUGUUAGCAUAUAAGUUGGCACAAAGGAAGGCAAUAUAGCUAGGGAAGAAAGUUGCUUUAAUUAUAGAAGUUGGAAGCAUGGCAUGAUAAAACCUAAGUAGGUCAAGUGCAAAAGGCUCUAUGGCAUUUGAGAGUUUUACCAGUUAAUCUAGUUCUAUCCCACUCCAUGGUUCUCACUCCUUCAAUCAAGUCAGCUGAGACUUCAGUUUCAGUUAGUAAAGGAAACUAGUAGGCAGAAGGGUACGCUGGCUAGUCUAGAAGGAUCUUUCAAUUCAGGCAGCACUCACUCUUUCAAUUACCGUUCGAGGUGGGAGCUCGAGUGGUGUGAUGUCGAGUGCCACGCAUACGUCCAGAAUUUUGUCAUCCGGGGCACAGCGCUCACAAAGUUGCAAAGUGUUGAAGGCGGUCCCUGAACCAAAGGAUGACGAUAAUAUGUUUGUGCCUUAGACGAUGUGGAAACUGAAGGGUCCACUUUUGUUAG